UUCUGCUUAUUUAUUGUUUUUUGUGGGUGUCAUUUGUUACCCAUUUUGAGAUUUUAGAUAACUGAAGUUGUUAUGUUUUGUUCUCUAUUUCUGAUUCUAGCUGAUUAUUAUGUAAAGAUACGUUCUUUUGAGCUUAUUUUCUUGGUGUUUUGGCUAAUCCACUGUAAUAUUCUUUUCUGGGUCACUGUUUUCUUAUCUAUCGAAAAUGGCGGCUGCUGCAGCCUCUGGCUUACAAAUGGCAACGGCACGGCCCUGCUUUUACUCUUCUCGCAGAGUUGUGAAGGCAGGCGCUAGUAUAAUUGCUGCCAAUUCUAAAGAGGCAUCAUGGGCUAGGUUUGUCAGUGCCUCUCAUUUAUCAUCUAUGCAACCUUUUCAGAGUUAUGAUUCUAUGUCAUAUUGGGUUAAAUUCCGUAAGAUUGCUACAAAGGCAAUGUCUGAAUCUAGUGAAAAUAACCGGGCGCCUGGAUUGCCAAUUGAUUUGAAAGGUAAACGGGCUUUUAUUGCUGGUGUGGCUGAUGACAAUGGUUAUGGUUGGGCAAUAGCGAAAUCUCUUGCUGCUGCAGGUGCUGAAAUUCUGGUUGGAACAUGGGUACCUGCUUUGAAUAUUUUUGAAACCAGCCUGAGACGAGGAAAGUUUGACAAAUCACGAGUGUUACCAGAUGGUUCUUUGAUGGAGAUCACCAAAAUAUAUCCCCUUGAUGCAGUGUUUGACAACCUUGACGAUGUGCCUGAAGAUAUAAAAACAAAUAAGCGUUAUGCAGGAUCCGCUAAUUGGACUGUUCAGGAAGUUGCUGAAUCAGUGAAACAGGAUUUUGGCAGUAUUGACAUCCUUGUGCACUCACUUGCUAAUGGGCCAGAGGUGAGCAAACCUUUAUUAGAGACAUCAAGGAAAGGAUAUCUUGCAGCUGUAUCUGCAUCAAGUUACUCUUAUGUUUCCUUGCUCAAGCAUUUCCUACCAAUAAUGAAUCCAGGUGGCUCUUCAAUCUCUCUUACAUACAUUGCUUCUGAGAGAAUUAUCCCAGGAUAUGGUGGGGGCAUGAGUUCAGCCAAAGCUGCUCUUGAGAGUGACACAAGAGUGCUUGCCUUUGAAGCUGGAAGGAAAUACAAAAUUAGAGUCAACACAAUAUCUGCUGGUCCGCUAGGAAGCCGAGCUGCAAAAGCAAUUGGAUUUAUUGACAGAAUGAUCGAGUAUUCGUUGGCAAAUGCACCCCUGCAAAAAGAACUAUCUGCAGACGAGGUGGGGAAUACAGCAGCAUUCUUAGCAUCGCCUUUGGCUUCUGCUAUCACUGGUGCUCUUAUAUAUGUUGACAAUGGCCUCAAUGCAAUGGGCAUUGGCCUUGACAGUCCAAUAUUGACAGACCUCGGCAUCCCAAAAGACAAGCAUUAGAGCUAACCAUAGGCAUAUUCAUAACGAGUGAAACUUUAGUUUUAGUUAAUGCUGCCCAGUCUCCUUUCCUGACUCCUGAUACCUUCGUCGGCAUUAGUGUGUUGCCCUGAUAUGGCCGGUCAGCAGCACCAAUUUUUCCGAUGAGCUCUCUUUUUAAGUAGGGAUCCCAUUGAAUGUGCUGAUAAAUCUGAAUCAAUGAUUGUGAGGUGUACAAAUUUCCUUUGAUGGUGUAAAUUUCCAGUUUCUAGUGUUGACAUGAUUAUGUAGAAAAGGAGAAAGAAAAUCAGCAAAUUCUGAUUUGUUGCUUGCAAAACCCAUUCUAUCAUAUGUUGUAAAGACCUGCAAAAUUUGCUUGUGAUCGUCCUUUAAUUUUUCAAAAAAAAAUAAUUAUUGCAGUUUGAAUUUAAUAAUUACUUCAAAAA